CAAUGCUGUCUAUAGGUAAUAGUUUUAAGUUAAUACCUUCCUCACAGUCUCUCUGUUAACAUGUAAGUCCUGUCUGUUUCACUCUCCAUUAACCACAGUUAGGUAAAACAAAUCUAUCAAAAACAAGGAAAUCUCUACACACUCUUCUGUUUGACUGGUGUUGAAGUCCCAUUUAACAUGUGUUAUUGUGUAUUUCCAGCCCGCAGUGUGUGAGGGCGUUAUGGAGACAGUGGUUGAUGUUGCAGGGAGGACGGUAUCUUUCCCCUGCAGGUAUGAUACUGGGACCCUGGUGUGCUGGGGGAGAGGGGCAGAGCCAUCUCUGUUCGGCUGUGAGAACGCAGUCAUCGAUACUAGUAGAGUAGGGGUGACCUACAGCACGUCCUACAGACACAGGUUACCAGGUUACCAGGGGAGCUGCAGAGAGAUGUCUCUCUCACUAUCUACAACGCCAGAGAGGGAGACUGCAUUCUACUACUGCCGCGUGGAGCUACCAGAACUGUUCAAUGACCUGACGCACACUGUUCAUUUAAUUGUUCGACAAGAUAACUGCCCCAGCACACCCACUGUCUCACACCAGAGAGGAGCAGGCAAGGUAUGUGACCUUAACACCACCACUAUCAUUAUCAUUAUGAAGAUGAUAAACCUGUGUUACACAUUCAGAUCAUAAAUAACAACAAUACAGUCUGAGAUAUAGUGGAUCUUUCUGUC